GCUGCCUUUACAGACUCAGGUCCAGUGGAGGAAGAAGGUCAGAACAGUUUUGCAUUUCCGUCGAUCCUGUCAGAACAAGCGCAAAUUGAAGCAGCCGACAAUUUUUCGGUAGAGGUCGCUGGUGACAAUACCGCGACGGACAAGGUCGUUGACACAACCGUUGUCACGACAGGUAACCCAGGUGUAAGUGUAGACUCAGCCCCCUUAGGUCCAAGACAACGCACUCGACAGAGGAGUUCACGCGGUGGGCAGACCACACGAAACCAGGAAGCCACCCGGGCACAGCAGCCGAAGGCACCAGCCUCUGGCUGGCAACCAACUUUGCGUGCUGCGGAUCAAGUUGUACAGCAAGCCGAGUUUAGCAGUGUCCACACUUCAUCAUCCGUCCGCCCGUUGCCAAAGCAAUCGCGAGGGGUCGUUGAACCUGUUGCGAAGCCUUUGCAGCCGCCAAAACAUCAGCAAGGGGUCGCUGUUCCCAAAGAACGCGGCACAACAGUGAUUGCAGCCAAAGCAUCCGGUAGUGCUCCAUCAAGUGCAGCCGUGCCUGAAGCUCCAAAAGCUGCUAAGCUCCCAUCACCCCCAUCAUCACCACCACCUGUAGUCCCUUCUAAUAUUCCACCACCGCCACAGCAUCCGCCGCCAACACCGGAAGAGCUCGCUGCGCGAGCUCCGGCUUUUGCCAAGGCGCGCGAGACAGUGGGGGGGAAUCAGGAGGAAGAGGAGGAAAGUUUUGAGGUUGAAAGUGAGGAGGAGCCAGCACCUGUUGCCAAAACUGCAUCUCCAAGGGAGAGGGAGCAGAUUGAGCUUGCUCGUGAACUCCGUGCAGCUGGUUAUCCAGACACACGUGUGGAUUCAGCAGGAACUUGGGUGCGGGUCGCCGGACCUUCGGUCGCGACAGCUGCAGAGCGUCCAGUUGCUCAUCCUGUGGUAGUUCCUGGAACUGAGACUCAAGAAGUUGAGGGCAUUGAUCCUUACAAACUGGAGGACGCCGCCUGGCAGAAUCCAUCCUUGAGCUCUCGUCGGGUCGUGUUGGUCACCCCAAACUUGCAGUCUUCGGACAUUGUAAAUUUGACCACACGUGAUCCUGACACCGAGGAGGAAGGCACAGAAGACCCUGCACUGGCAUCACAAAGAUUUCAAGAGACUGGUAGAAGUUUCAUUGCAGCGGCUAGUGCUGAGCCCAUUGAAGCCGACCCAGCGCCACCUGGGUACUUGAAGGAGCAGGCUUCUAGUGGAAAGGCAUUCUUGGGAACAGAUCCAACAGAGCCAAAAGCACCUGCUGGACAGGCAGAAGGGGCUGCUGCCGCACCUGUGGCGCAGCGGGGUGAAGAGUCGCACGACCGUGCCCUGUCCUUCCUUACCUUAGUUGAAGAGUGGCUCAAGCAAGAAGGCGUUGAUAGUAUUCUACAGCGCAGAGCCGCAAGGGCCGUGCCAAAGGAACAUCUUCGCCCGCCUUUUGGCGACAAACAGCGGUGA